AUGGCUACAUUAGCUGAGGAAAAAACUUAUGAAGGCAUUGAACCCACUGAAAAGCCCAUAGUCCUGCUGUGGUUCUGGCCUAUUGGUGUGAAGUUCGAUUUCAAAGCCUGCCUUACCUACUUCAACAUUGACAGCUGCCUGCUGACAGACAACAGAUCCAUGUACAGCAAAGCACAGGGAGUCAUUUUCUACCAUAAAAAUAUACAAUGGAAUUUGAAAAACAUGCCUCAGGAGCCACGUCCACCUUUUCAGAGGUGGAUUUGGUUCAAUGUGGAAUCUCCGAGGAACACAGCGAAAAAACCAGGUUUGGAAAACCUGUUCAACUUAACACUGAGCUACAGACGAGAUGCUGACAUCACAGUGAGGAAUGAGCUGUUAAUCAGGAAAACAGUUCUGAAAGAUGACUUUGUUCUCCCCAAGAAAGACAAACUGGUGUGUUGGAUUGUCAGUAACAAACACCCAGCUACUGAGCAGCUACAAGAGAGAAAUAUUACCACCAACUGUCCUGAACACAUAAAGAUCCAUGUCUACGGUAUUGCUUAUACAGGGAAGAGGUUAAGUUACGAUGAGUAUUACUCAACCAUUGCUAGUUGUAAGUUUUACCUGUCAUUUGAGAAUUCGAUCCACAGAGACUACAUCACAGAGAAGGUAAACGGGCCCCUGGUGGCAGGGACAGUCCCUGUGGUUUUGGGUCCAUCAAGAGAAAACUACGAGCAGUUCCUUCCCUCCGAUUCUUUCAUUCACAUAAAUGAUUUCCCUGAUGCCAAAUCACUGGCAGAGUUUCUGCACCACUUGGACAUGAACGAUGAAGCGUACAUGCAUUACUUUGAGUGGAGAAAGUACUACACAGCCAGUCCUCAUCUUCUGUCAACCUACAAUGAAUUCAUUCAGCCGGUCUGCCUCGCCUGUGACCACAUGUCAAGAGACAAGGAUUACCAUGUCGUUAAUGACCUUUAUGGGUGGUAUUUUUCAUGA